AUGAGUGUCUUCUCCCGCCGCCCCCAGAACCCGCCCUUCAUCAAGGUGGAGGAUGCGGCGCCGCCCUACAAGGUGUCGGGGACUCAGGUGUAUAUCUUCGAGGUCUUAAUGAAAUACCUCGGCCGUUGUCACGAAUGGGUGAUUCCGGAAGUACAUGGCUACGGCUACCAGCAACCCAACGGCUCGUGGGUCGGGGUCAUCGGCUCCGUCCACAACGGGCGCGCAGACUUGUCGAUGGCCCUCGGCCACAGUAUCGACAGGGCCAAGGUGGUCGACUUCAGCGAGAACCUCUACAUGGAGGAGUUCGCCAUCGCCUACAAGCGGCCGAAGCUCGCCUCCGACAUCAUUGGCUUCAUCAGGCCCUUCGCUCUCUCGCUGUGGAUAACGGUGUUUGUGGCGACUCUGUUCGUGUGCGCAACCACUUGGCUCAUUCUGCGGUCUCACUCCGCGCUGUCUGGCUCGCGGAGGACGGGGCGCGAGGGGGCGCCGGGCACAGAGAACCAAACUCAUUUUCUUCGAGAUGUUGAGGAGUCUGUCCGCUGGACCAUCUGCCAUCUGAUUGGUCAGGCCGUGCCGCAGGAGCCCGCAGGCAACGGCCCCAGGAUCGCCGGCGGCCUGUGGCUCCUGUCGGCCUUCAUCCUGGGCGUGGUGUACCGGGGCAACCUCAAGGCCAUGCUCAUCCUGCCGAGGGUGGUGCUGCCCUUCGACACCCUGCAGGAGCUGACGGAGACCAACAUCCCCAUCUGGAUCCCCGAGGGCAAUCUCGUCCACAAGGCCAUCCUGGCAGCGACGCCGGACUCGGCCUACUACCGCCUCCGGAAGCAGAUGCUGGUGCACCUGGACGUCCCGCGCGGCAUCAGGAACACCUUCAACGGCCUCCACGCCGUCGCCUCGCCCAUGACCACCAUCGUGUCCGUGAUCGACGUCUAUUUCUCGACGACCGUCAGCAUGGGCUUAGUUAUGUCCAGGACGUUCGAUCAGAAGACGGAGCUGAAUCGAGCCAUAAAGCGUCUGAAGGAAUUCGGGAUAAUCGAAUUCUUAAGGGCGAAUGACUUGUUCAACGCCACCGAGUGUCUGAAGCCCCUGUCGUCCAGCAUGGCCUCGGGGGACCUCAGGGCGCUGGACAUCGUCGACUUCCUCGGCGUCUGUGCCAUCUAUGCCUCAGGAAUCACUGUGGCCGCCGUGGUGUUCGUCCUGGAGCUCGUGCUGGGCAGAAGGAGGGAGGGGCGCGGCAAGAAAGGAGGCAAGAACACGAAGAACACGAAGAUCACGAAGGACACGGAGGACGCGAGGAGGACCGCAGUGAAAGACAAAGAAAGCGAACCGAGAGAAUGAGCCAUUGGUGACUGUCGGUGGAUUUUGCGACUCCCCUCUGACCCUCGGAAAUGCUUUGA